GUGUGUGUAUGCAGCAGCAACGGUUGGAAAAAGUGCGCGCGCGCGCGCGCGUCUGAAGCGUUUCUGAAGCGUGGACCCAUCCGUCGGUAAAUCUUUAAAAAUCGAUCGACACUAUGUGCGAGGUCACGUCACGUGUCGGAGGUUUAACCCCAGUUUUGGAUCGUGUGUGAUUGGAAAGAAGAGGCGACUCGUCUUCUUCGAUGCGACGUGAUUUUCACGUGAUUAAUUGAAGAACGUGGUUUUUCAAUUGAAGAAAUACCGAGUGGCAUCGUAGAUUAAUAGCAAGGGGGGUUGCACGGUGACCAAAAAAAGUCACAACGUCAUAAAAAUUGUGUAAAAGAUUGUGGUGACAAGAGUUAAUAGUGAUAAAAAAAAUUUCAAGAGUCGACUUGAAUCGAUGUAUAAUAUCCAAAUUAUGGAUAUUCGUGCGGAAGCGAUGUGUCGCCAUGACGAUUGGACGAAGAUCAUGGGGACCUUAACCGGCCCCGAGGGACGACUCUGUCCUCGCCUGCACGCUCGGAGAUGCGACUCUCGGCAUCGCGUUUAGAAACGGUCCAGCCGCUAUGGAAUUUGCUCUGUGAUAGUCAGUUUUAUCCAGCCAAAGAAUUGCUUUACGGAUUUACGGAGAUCGGAAUCUUCGGAAGCUUUAUCCUACCAAAGAGAAGCGGAGUAAUUGCGCUUUAUCGCUCGUAGCAAUAAUACAUAUAUUUUCGAUAAUUUAUAAAACGGAAAGCGAUCUCAUCGCACUGGGAACACCCAGGCAUAUCGGAACUCUCAAAGGGAUUAGAUAUCUCGAUAGGACAUUGGGACAUAUAUCAAGCGGAAACUAUCGAGCGAUAUCCAGAUGAAAUUUCGCAAAUCCUCUUCAUCCAGCCCGAAGAUGGAAUUAUUAUCGAGACGUUCCUCGGGCGGCAGGAUGUCGACCUUGAAGAGGUCGAGGUCCUUCCGAGCGUCUGUGAAACUGAUAUCGAAGAUACGCAACCACGCGAAUUUGCGAUUGACCCCCGGUUUCGAUCUCUCGUCCGUCUCGAAAGAUCUCAUCGCUAAGAAGGGAUGUAACCUCUCCGCCCUUGAAGAAUCUCAGGGCGAGAAGUCAUCGACUCCACGAAAAGACUCCGAGGACACGAGUCCUCCUAUCGAGGAGAAAAUCGGUGACGAGGCAUCCACCAGUCCUCGGAGGGUCUCGGUGUCGACUCUCGACGCCGAUCCGCGAGAGAUCACAAAAGAUCUAAAGAGCAAGCUGUCUCUGACCGACAGACUAAUGGGUAAGGGUCGUAAGGACGUGGAAAAACCCUCGACGAAGGACGAAGGUAUGAUGAAAUCACCGAAGGUUAUUCACAUCUUUCGCAGAAGACACAGCGCGGACAACCCGCAGGAGGAUACUCGAGGGAAGGACUGUACUGAUAAAUCUGUGUCUUACGAGACAGAUAUGUGUCGAUCGAGUAAACAUGUGUUCUAUGAGAACCCCACAUUCGUGCUGGAUAGCUCCUUGGACUCCUCCGUCUCGAGCUUCCUCUUUGAAGUCGAAGAGGAGGAAGAGGAACAACGACAGAAACAAGAUGAGAAAACUAAGAGCGCUGCAUCAUCCAAGUGCGACAUUCUGACCGUCGUCGUGGAUUCCCACAAGGCUAACGGACCUUUCUAUCGCAAAAAGAAUUAUGCGCGAGGUGAAAAUGAAAAAUACCUCGAGAACGAAGACUCGCGAAAUGCAUUUCGUCCUAGAUGCGAGACAGAUCCUCCGAAAUGUCCUCGCGAACCGAGGGGCGAGGGCUCGCCCGCGAGCGCGAUAAACCGACGGACGGUCGAGUCCUUCGGAGAAUUUGAUCGCCCGAGGAUUAAGUUUUAUUGCAAGGUACACGAGACGGAGAAAAAAAAUGCGACGGUCUAUCAGAGUCAGAAAAUUCACGAUGAUGCUAAGAUCUGUCCUUCGAAGUCCUGCAGAAUCAGGACGGUCGACAAUAUCGCCAAUUUUUGGACGAGCAAACGUGGUAAUAGUUUCCGGAAUAAAAUAGUGACCGGUAGGAAAAGAGACGCGAAGGAUUACGAGCAGCUCGGUCAGGAGCGAGUUUUCAUGUCGACAUCAUCGGGAUCAAAAUUCCACUCGUUGCAAGGGAUGGAGUUCCUGGAGGGUUUGGGUAAGAAGAAACAGCAGCCCCAACAACUAAAUAAUCUAUCGUCGAUACACAUCAAUCCUCUCUCGGCCCAAUCCCUCAACAUACACCUGCAUGCCCUAUUUGCGGCUGUGGAACAUGGUCACUUGGAUAAGGCGAGGACUAUUUUGGAGUCUACCGAUGUGGACGUAAAUAGCGUUAACAGCGACGGCCUGUCACCGCUGGACGUUGCCGUGCUGAGUAACAACAGGCCGCUGGCAAAAAUGCUAGUUGCUUUCGGGGCGCAGGAAGGGAACCAAUUCAAGUCUCCGGAAUCUCUGGGUAGUCACUUGGCAUCAUUGCUCUCGGAAGCGGAACACAGAGUUCAAGAACUUGGUGGCAGUACUUCCGGCAGCGGUGGAACUAUUCUGUUAGAGCCGCCUGGCAGCCAUAGGGCCAGCUUUUCCACGCAACAUAACAAUCUCACGGGAUGCGGUGGUAGCACAGAGGACAAGCAGCUUGCUCUGUGGGAAAGGAGAGCCAGAGCUCUCAGGAAAAUGUUACUGGGUUUCGAUCAAGCGCGCCCACCCGACAUGCCCUUCCUAGUCGCGGUUGACGUCACCGGAACGACGUCAGUGACAGUCAGGUUCCAAGAACCGGACUCGCACGACUCUCCGAUCUGUACCAAGUUCAAGGUUCAAUGGAGCUUGCACGAUGACUUUUCGGUCGUUUGCGGCGAGAGAGAGGUUCUGGACAUGAAGCAGAGGGAAUGUCGCAUCGAAAGCUUAACGCAAGGUCAAAGGUAUCACUUUCGCGCCGCAGCCGGAAAUCUGAAGGGUUACAGCAGGUUCAGGAACUCAUCACCCGCACACGUUACACCUAGCAGUUGGAGAGAUAUAGAUGGCAGAGUGCCGAGAUUCGCGGGGCGGUUGGAACAGUUGAACACUUUGUUCACCGACAUAAGGCGGCCGGAGUACACGCAAGAAACGCCGGCGGUGCAGAGGCGAAAUCACAAGAAGAAAACAACGAUAAAACAGCUCUUCACAGCGACGAGUAAAUUUCAGAAGAAUCUCAGGCGAGGAGUAUUUCUGGCGUGUCUACUCUAUCACGAGGACAAGGUUCUCGUUACAAAUGAAGAUUUUUUACCCGUAAUUGAGAUAGACGAGACGUAUCCCAGCUGUAUCUACAACGAUUUUCAUUGGCUCAUGAAAGUCGCCUGUACGUGGGACGACGUUAAAUCCCUUCGGCAGGACAUGGAAAAGAGUCACAGCAGCUCGACUAAUCAUUUUAGGAUAAAAUUACUUCAAGCAGCUGCCCAAAUGCAGGCUGCGCUGUGCAUACAAGACCUUGGACAAUUGUAUCAUAAACCUAUCAGAGACAUCCAAGGCACUUUAGUGUUCUCGACAGUGAAUUACAUAAAGUCACCGAAAUUGGUAUCUGUAUUAAACAGCAGAUGGUUGCCGCUCAGUAAAGUCAUAAAAAAGGUCAUAACGCACGAAGACAGUAACGUCUCUGAUAUCCUGAUGGCCAGCAUACAAGAGCAAAUGACAUAUCACCAAGUCAGCAGUAUUAAACUAUCUAAGGGUUUAUAUCUCGGUUAUCUGAAAAUGCAAAGCAGCGUGGACCUCAUACAGGUUGUUGUUCCAACGAAAUCGCCGAAUGUAUUGCCACAUUGCAAGAUCCGCGAUAAUCCGCACGUGUCUGCGGAGGAGUGGGACUACCUCAAGAGGGUAACGCGCAUCUGCACAUCCGAAUCUUCCGUGAAGGAAUCCGAGGAGAAGGAGAACGUGACAAACGAGGCGCAAGGGACGGAACAGCAGAAGCUGUUUGUCGAUUUGGUCGCCGCGACAGCGCGACGACUGUUCAAUUAUAUGGAAAUCAAUCCGGAGGAUUCGUUGGGGCAUCGGCUAUACGACGCCGAGGUGAUCGAUCUGACUCACGACGUGUCGUUCCUGAUCGCCGUACCGCCCGCCGAAACCGCUUGUUGCGUGCCUGGCACGCGAGAAAUUCUGCUACAACGCGGUGAUCUCCUAUCGUUGCCCAUUCAAGUCUUCGAGAUGGUGCACCUGAACACGUAUCAAAAAGAUGUAAUCAAUCGUUACUCGAGACUCAGCUGCAUCUUGGAACUGGACACCGCGCAGGCACAGCAUAAUCACAGAGAAGCCUUCAGUUCCUUGGAAUUGAGCAUUGCGAAGGAUAAACUUGCGAGACUGCAGGAUCUUCAGACGCAAGUGAACACCGUGUGGAAAGGUGCCAGAUGGUUGAUUGACGUUAUAACUUUCGCGAGAGAUCGCGGCUCUUCCCAACAAAACAUCGCGUCGCAAACCGUUGGCAUAUCUAUGAAACACUUGCUCAGUCUGGAUAGAAACAAAAACAGCAACAGUAACAGUUUGAAACGAAGUUUGUUACAAUUGCCACCGAGAGAUCCUAAGCUCGUGAAGUCGAGCCCCGGCCGUGGCAGCUGGCCAGGUCCCAAUCUGUCGAAAUCGUCCUCCAACCUUCUCACGACGGAAUUCAGCAAGAGCGAGCAACAAUUGCCCAGUGGGCAAUAUGUUCGCAAGGGCAGCAAUACCUCAAACGCAUCGACGACCUCGGAGCCGCCGAAAUCAUCAUGCGCGCCGAUAAGCAGCAACAGCAAUCUGAGCAAUUUGACAACCACCAGCAGCGCCAAUCAUUUAUUACCGCUACAGAACACGAGGUUACCGCCCUCCAAGUCCGAGGACACCUUGAUCCUCACCAAGUACAAACACAGCCCGCGAAAUCGUUCUGCCACGAUAACAUCGACGUCGGCCACCACCAGUCCGUUGUUGAGCAUCAAGCCCAUCAUGUACGGCGGUUCGUUGCUGAGUGUCUCCACGGCGAUGACAAACACUACGAGUCUGCUGAGCGUGAGUAACACGAAUUCCGAUAGUCUGCACUCGUUGAGCAGCGAUGAGUACUCCGCGACGAAUUCAAGCGUCUGCUUGAAAGCCGGCCAGCCGAUCAAAAUCAAGACGUCCAAGCCGACCGCGAGCGUCGCGGCGAUGGCCACCGUUCCGCCGGAUAAUCUGGAUAACGAGGAGAAGGACGAGGCGACGAUGAUGCCGGCACCCCUGCCAGGCAUUCUUCAGGUUUACGCGGCCUAUGAGACUGGUUUGGCAGCUGGUACCAGUUUGAAGCUGCACGUAACACCAAGGACCACGGCUCGGGAAGUGGUGGACCUUGUUGUCAAACAACUGAACAUGGCAGUGGUCCUAAAAGGACAAAAGGGGCCUACUUACACGGCCGACGAGCUACCAAACUUCUGUCUAGUUGCCGUGAUCGGCGCGCGAGAGCGGUGCUUGAGGGACGAUUUCAAGCCGCUUCAAUUGCAGAAUCCGUGGAAGAAGGGACGGCUGUACGUCAGGCAAAAGCAGGACGUUCUUGCCGCUCUUGAGCACAGCAGCAAACACACCGCGUAUUUAUAGCAGAAGUAAAGCGGUGUUUCUCAGACGCUAACAGAUCCACCGAAUAAAUUGUAAAUUGAAUUUCAGUACGUCCUCUUACACGCGUAAUCGUAACGUUCUCUAAUAAAUGAUAUUUCGCAUAAAGCGACCUGAUUGUACAUCUUCAACGGCACUAUCAACAAACGAAGUAUUUUAGAGAACGGCGAUUACCUAAAGAGAAAACAAGGUAUUAAUUCAUAAUACAUCUCACACAAUCGAAAGUUAUUUCCCUUGAAUUUUUCUUCCGAUUUACGAUUUAUUCUUCAACUCAUGUGUCAUCGUGAAAUCCAGUCACUUCGUGUAAAAAACGAACUGUACAUUUAUAAAAUUAUUUUAUUCAUGAAAAAAGAUGCU